UGAACGCACCCUUUGUUUAUCAAUGGCGGAAAAACAGACUUCUGAUCGAGAGAAAAAUACAUUGGCAUGGAAAUCCAAAACAGAGCAAGCAAAGAAAGGAGAAACCUUGAGGGAACUCCAGAAGUUAAAUGUGCAGAUUGCUGCAUUAGAAAGAGAGAAGGCAACACAUUUGUACAGCAGAAGAAGUGAUUUUAGGGGAGAUUUUAGUCAGUUGGAAGAAAUAGAUUCAAAGAGCAAUGAUGAGAAAAAGACUGAAAAAAUAAAACUGAAGCAACAGUUAGAGAAGAUAAGUCACAUGGUUAAGAGAUUUCAUAUGGAGUUAAGAGAUAUCAAGCCUACCCCUGAAUUUGUUGAAAAGUUAAAGAUAACGAUGGAAGAGAUAGAAGGAACUAUCAAUGCAUUUAAAGAACAACAAAGAAAACAAUAUGAAGAAUUGAUGAGAGAAGAAAAAACAACUGCACAAGAAAUUCAGGCUUUGGAGAGAAAAUUUGAAAGUUGGAACCAAAUGUCAGAACCAGUUGUUACUAAGAAACCACAACAGAAACCAUUAGCCAGUGCCAGAGAUAUAACUAAAGACUUACCACAGGAGGUGGCACACUUUGAGAAAUUUUUGGAAGAGACAGGAGGAGUAAGAGGAGGUUGGGAUGAAUAUGAUCAUCAGACAUUCUUGAAAUUCAGACAGAGACAUAAUGGUAAAGAAAUAUUUAUUCAGCAUUCCUUGGUAGCCAUUCCAACUAGAACUGAAGAAGAAAUUAGGGACCAUGAAAAUUGGUAUCAGUCUUAUCUGUCAUUAAAUGAAAAGAAGAAAGAAAGUAUAAAGAAAUGGAGGAAAAAGAAGGAGGAAGAUAAGGAUGAUGUUAUAUCUAAAGUUGAUCAACAAUUGGAAGACGAGGAAUCAAAGAAGGAAGAAAAGAAGAAAAAGAAAGAGGAAAUAAUUCAGGCUGAAAAAAGGGAACGUUAUAAACAGUUAAAUUCCUAUAGGGUUCAAAAAGAACUUGAAAGGGCACAAGCUGAAGAGAGGAAGUUAAGAGAAGAACUAGAGAAAGCCAGGAAAAAAGAGGAAGAAAGAAAAAGACAGAUUGAGGCAAGAGAAAAGGUAGAAGAAUUUAAACAACAGAAGAAAGAAGAAGAAAGUUUACGUAAAUUAGAGGACGAACUAUGGGAAAGAGCUCAGAAGGACCAACAAAAAGAGAUAGCAGCAAGGGAACUUGUUAAAUUUAGGGAAAGGGAUAAGCAGACUGUUCUCCAGAGACUAGCCAACCAAAAAGCCAAAGAGGAGGAACAGAAAGAAAAAGAAAAGCGAUUAGAGAAGCUCAAAGGACAGGUUGAAGUAGAAGUUAGUAGAGAUCCAAACAGACUGUUACAGCCAACAGCUGGAUGGACUUCACGAACCAAAGAUAAGGGGCCGUCUGGAAAUGGACCUUUACUACACAUACCACACAGAGCUGUACCAUCUUGGCGACAAGGACCAUGAGCCUCUAACAAAUAGUUUCUGGAUGCAGUAUACUUAUCAGGUCCUAUUCUCACACAG